GUGGCGGGUUUUUCGCUUGUUUUCUGUCUCGGCAGCCGGGGGUGCCCAAUGGGGUCGGUCUGUGUUGAGGAGCUGCUGGAGGAUCUCAAGGUCUUCGGGGUGGGCUAUGAAGAAGAGGCGGUGCCCGACAAACUGGUUGAACUAUGCAUGACGCACAGACUGGCACAGAGUGACUUGGCUAAUGAAUUAGUUGCCUUCACUACAACUAAAGAAGACGGGUCUCGUCUCACUGUAGAGUUCCUGAAUGUCUUUGAAUAUGAAGUACUCAACAAAAGAGUUACUAAAGCUCAUCAAAAAAAGGACAACAGAUACUCUGGAAUCAAGGAUAUCAACACCAUUCAGGGACUCAUUGACGUAGAGGAGGAAGAGGAGAACCUCUUAGAUGCCUACACAACACCGUCAAAAGGCUCUCGGAAACGGAACAUAACUACACCAGAGAAUCCACAGUCUAAAAGGACUUUAUCCACCCGUAGCCCCCACCUAGUUUUCUCUCCAAACAGCUUCUCACCAAGCGCUACUCCCUCUCAGAAGUAUGGCUCCCGGAGCAACCGGGGUGAGGUGGUAACCUCAUUCGGCUCUGUACAGGACACGUCCUGGAGUGGAAAAGGAGGCCAUGGAUCAAGUGUGAAGCUCUUUGGUCCACCAGAACAGUUGCUCACCAAGAGUUACAAAUUCAUGUUCCAAAAGCUUCGUGACAUCCGGGAAGUACUGUCCUGGAAGAUAGAAGAACUUGGGGAUGCACUGAAGAAACAUUACAAGAUUGAGGAGUUCAUGUCUGUGUUAGUCCCUGCACAGGAACCGGUCACUGUGCUGGGACAGAUUGGCUGUGACAGCAAUGGAAAACUGAAUGCCAAGUCGGUCAUUCUAGAAGGGGAUCGGGAACACUCUUCAGGAGGGCAAGUUCCUGUGGAUUUAUCAGAACUGAAAGAAUACUCCCUCUUUCCAGGACAGGUUGUGGUGAUGGAGAGUAUUAACAGUACGGGUGGAAAACUGGUUGCAUCUAAGCUGUAUGAGGGGGUGCCUCUUCCUUUCUACCAAUCUACAGAGCAAGCUGAUGAUUUGGAGCUGCAAAUGGUCUUGGUUGCUUGUGGGCCCUACACAACUUCUGACAGCAUCACCUAUGACCCUAUGUUGGAUCUGAUUGAUAUUAUCAACAAAGACAAGCCAGAUGUUUGCAUCCUGUUUGGUCCUUUUCUCGAUGCUAAACACGAGCAAGUUGAGAACAGUCAGCUCAUUGGAUCAUUUGAGGAUAUCUUUAAACGUUGUCUGAAGAUGAUAAUUGAAGGGACAAGAAGUGCUGGUUCCCAGCUUGUGUUUGUACCAUCGCUGAGAGACGUGCACCAUGACUUCAUAUAUCCUCAGCCGCCUUUCAGCUAUGAGCUGUCUAAAGAUGACAAACAGCGAGUACACUUUGUGUCUGACCCCUGCACUCUGGCAAUAAAUGGAGUCAUUUUUGGCCUGACUUCCACAGACCUGCUCUUCCAUAUGGGUGCUGAAGAGAUUAGCAGCUCUUCCGGUGUCUCAGACCGGUUCACCCGAAUCCUUAAGCAUGUCCUGACACAGAGGAGUUAUUAUCCACUCUACCCUCCCUCGGAAGAGAUGAACGUUGAUUAUGAGAACUUCUAUAAUUACGUGCCUUUGCCAGUCACCCCGGAUAUCCUCAUUGUUCCAUCUGAGCUGAGAUAUUUUGUUAAGGAUGUCUUAGGCUGUGUGUGUGUGAACCCAGGACGGCUCACCAAAGGCCAGGUUGGGGGGACCUACAGCCGUCUGUACAUACAGAGGCAGGAUACAGAGGAAGAGCGAAAGAGUCCCUGCAUUGCUGCCCAAGUUGUCAAAAUUUAAACAGACUCUCUGCACCCUACCCUUAAAACAGAGAUGCUGGCCUUGAGUUCAGUAGGGGUUCAAAUCCAGCCUGGUUGGACAUCUGUUAGAUUUGGUCAAAAGAUGCAAGGAUGAUCUGGCGAAGGGGUUCUGAGAGCCGUGUAAUACCUUCCCUUCUCUCAGGAAUGCUGUUUUCCAGAAUCUUUUGCAGAGAUUUUUUUUAUCAAAUCAGACAUUGUAUUAGAGGUUAAAGCUCUUCAGCCUUUUGCAAUCCGGAAUGCAAACCUUGUCAAUGCAAAUGUGUACCGGGAGCCCUGACUUGGAUCAGCUUGUCUUCUAUUGUAAUUUGCCAAGGGGAAAGUUGUCAGCUCAUCAGAGUGAACUGCAAUUUAAAAUACACUGAGUUUUCUAAAAGUUCAUGCUUUCAGCUCUGUUUCCAGGCUGUCCCUUUAGUUUCGUCAGUAUCAGCAGAGGCUUCUGCUCAAGGUGAGCUGGAUGUUUUAUUUUCAGAUCCUACUGUUGGUCAUGCUAGGUUUUUGUCUGUCUUAUUAGAUAAUAUGGCCCUCAGCACCAGAGUUCAUCACAGUCAUCUCCCCGUUUCACAGAUCAGGAAUUCAAACACAGGGUAGAUUGUGAUUUACCCAAGUUCACACAGCAUGUAGCAGAGCCAGGAAGAGAACCCAGUUCUCCUGAACCUCAUUCCAUUCCCUUAUCCAUAAUAUCGCUCUGCCUCUCUUAGGUAAUAUCCACACUUCUUGGACCUCUGCCUGGAACCAAACAGGAUGAUCUGUUUCAAUCUCUGGCAUCAUAAAAUUACAGCAAACGAAAAUUAAAUUGAUCCCCACUCAGCUGGGAAAGUAACCUUGCUUUUUCUACAUUACACACAGUCUCUGUCUCCUUGGAUAGCCCUGUGGGGUCCGUCAUACUUUGUCUAAUGUAUGCAUUGCAGCAGCAUUGCUAGGCCUGUCUGACUUGGAAAGGCAGCUGUUAC